ACGUUAUCGUUCAAUUCGGUGCCACGCUAUUUUUGUAAAAAAAUAAAGCGAAACUGAAAUCUCUACUUUUUAAAAAGUGAAUAGGAAGAAGGUGCUUUGAAGCUUCAGUUUUUCUUGAGCUUCUGUAAAUAAAUUUGGGAGCACCGCGCGUGCCAAACACGACGUCGCGUUGCCGUCACGAAUGGCAGAUACCCGUAGGAGCUACACGUACGAUCCGGUGGGUGCUGGCGAUCAGCCUUACAGGAUGGAGUCUGGACAGCUGUGGAGGCAGUACCUUAUUGGAGCCAUCGCGAACAUCGCGAUCCUCUGUACUGGUUUCAGUAUGGGAUGGACGGCGCCAAUAAACAUCAAGCUGACCUCCAACGAUACGUCUAUGUCACCACUUGAGCAGACACCGAGUACCGAUGAGAUCGCAUGGAUGGGCUCUGUCCUUAACUUUGGAGCUAUUAUUGGGCCGUUCAUCGGCGGUUUCGCGGCUUCGACCAUCGGAAGGAAAUGGGGGCUGAUGUCUUCCACCAUCCCCCUGUUCGUCGGCUGGAUCCUGGUAGCGGCAGCCAGCAACAUGGCGUUCCUGUACGCCGGUAGAAUAUUCUGGGGCGUCGCUGUCGGCAUGCUGUUCACCAUAUCUCCUAUGUACUGCGCGGAAAUUGCCACAGUGGAGUCUCGAGGCGCGCUGGGCUCCUUCCUCCAGUCCUUCAUCACAGUUGGUUUCCUGUUGGUGUACGGAGUUGGGCCCUACGUGUCGUACCACGCGGUGGCGUACCUCGGAGUGGCUGUAGUGGCUCUGUUCGCGAUCUCCUUCUUCUUCAUGCCGGAGUCGCCGACCUAUUAUCUAUUGAAAGACAAAACCGAGGAAGCAGCCCAAUGCCUUAUGACGAUCCGAGGCCGCUCGCGCCAGGGCGUUGCGGCGGAGCUGGCGCUGAUAAAAGCUGACGUCACCGCCUCCAAGGAGAAAACUGCCACGAUCGGAGACGUUUUCCGCGGUAGCAACUUCAAGGCGUUCUACAUCUCGUGCGCGCUAGUGUUCUUCCAGCAGUUCAGCGGCAUAAACGCGGUGCUGUUCUACAUGACGGACAUCUUCAAGGCGUCCGGCACUGACAUGGAGCCAUCCGUCGCCACCAUCAUCAUCGGCGCCGUGCAGCUGGUCGCGUCGUUCAUCACUCCAUUCGUCGUGGACCGACUUGGCCGGCGGAUUCUGCUGCUCAUUUCCACCUGCGGAACUUCUAUUGGCCUGGCGCUGUUGGGCAUGUUCUUCCUGCUGCUGCACGUGGAGAGCCCCGCGGUGGCGACCAUCAGCUUCCUGCCCGUGCUGGCGCUGGUGCUGUUCAUCGUGACGUACUGCUGGGGGCUGGGCCCGCUGCCGUGGGCGGUCAUGGGCGAGCUGCUGCCCAUCGAGGUGAAGUCCGUGGCCGCGCCCAUCGCCACCGCCUUCUGCUGGACCCUGUCCUUCCUCGUCACCAAGUUCUUCCCGUCGAUCUCGGAGUCCAUCGGCAUGCACGUGGGCUUCUUUAUCUUCUGCGCGUGUUGCAUCGCCGCGUUCUUCUUCACGCUGUUCGUGGUGCCGGAGACCAAGGGCAAGAGCUUCCUGGAGAUACAGCAGAUGCUGGGCGCAAAGAACACAUCAAUGCCUGAAAAGGCAUAAACUCCAUUCCAGUGCAGAGAAAUGAACGAAUUUAGAGAUAAGCUACAUUACGCACUGUCUUACUCGACCGUGCUCAAGUUAGUCCGAGACUUUUGCGCAAGAACAGUUGUAGAACGCGCGCCAUUAAAGAAUAUUUUUCAACCCCAGAUGCAAAAACGACAAGGAGUUUUGGUUUGACGUGUCGCGUGUGUGUCUGUCUGUCACAUAGUAUCUCCUAAACGGAUGCCACGAUUUUUAUUUUACUGUUUUUUUUGUUUGAUUUAUUAUUUAGUCUGCUGUGUUCCUAGCUUUGUAUUUGAUAAAAAUCGGUCCAAGAUGGUCGCUGCCACAAAAUGGUGGAACAUAUUUUCUCGCAGCUCCAUAAAUAUGGGCAUCAUGUGAACGGACUUGACUAGACAAUAUUAUACAGUAUGAAAAAAAAAAAUAUAUAUCAUUUGUAAUUUUGUAGUGGUAGCCAUCUUGGAUGACAAAUUAAGUACAUUUUUUUUUGUCGGGGGUUUCUUAGAUUUUAAUUUCAUACAUACUCGUAUUACAUAAAACGUAGCCGAUGUCAUGCUAUUUCAUUCACAUACAUUGCACGCCCGUAUAUUGUGCGAAAGAGAUAACACGACAUCGGCUGUCUAAAUCCAUUCUUUAAUGGCGUAGAUUAUAGUUGCCAUCGCAGAUAAAAUUAAAUUCCUAAAAACACGUGACUUACUUCAGUCCGUCACUAAGAUCGCGCGUACUGUAGAUAGAUUAAUUUAAUCCAAAUAGUUUUUACUUAUUAUUUUUAUAUCUGAUAAGCGAAUGAUUAAAAUGGGACCAAAUAUUAAAAUCUUAUAAUUAUUUUGAACGAGACAAAAUGACGUUUCAAAUGAUCAAAAAAAGUGAUCGACGCAUCUAAAGGAAUCUUUAUGGACUACACAAACAUUUGAAAUUGGCAUUGGCAUUGGCUUUAAAAUUACUGCUAUCGCUGCUAUUAUUAAAAUCAAAGUCAAAGUCAGAAAUGUCAAAGUCGUCUAAGUAUCUCUUUUAUAAGCUUACAAGUUUGAUAAGGAUGCAGGUGGCUCUACAAAUUUGUGAUUGCGAUUUGGUCGGAAUGACUAGGUACUCAAUUUAAACUGUAAGUAAGUAUUAAACCACAGAAUUAGGAACAUACAGAAUCCGAGUACACAACUAAUAAUGAAACAUAUGAAACCACUCCACUUUGGUAGUGUCUCUCGAACAGGCGGUUAGUCACCGCAUACCAUUUAGGAGUAAGGGCAGGAGACUAUUAUCUCCCAGGGGAAAGGAUAAAAAUGCAUCUUCUCCCACAGCUUUAUCAACUCUUAGAGCACUGGCGCACAAGUGGAAAUAAUAGCCAAAUAAUAUAUGUACGUGUAAUAAUAAACGGUUAGGGUUAAAGUACUCUUAUUCUAUGAUCACGUACUUUAGCAGGUGGGGACAAUUUAAUCCCCUGACAAAUAUAUAAUGGGGGGAUAUAAUUUUUGUAAAAUGGGGAAAAAUGUGGAAGAUCGUAAAAAGUUUUGGGCUAGCAACGUUACGAGGGUGUGAAGUGAACGUGCGCGGGGCGUUUUCACUGUUUAUGGACACAAUGCAGUGCAUGCAAUAAUGGCUGAAUGAGGGUUCUGUGUCUUCAUAAUUCUGUGUAUUUUAUUAUAUACCUAGUAAUAGUAGUAGGUAGAAGGGAGUAAAAGAUUUCUAAGGCUUUGUUUUCGACUAUCAUGCCAAACGCGUAACUUUUUUUAUAUGUGUAAUAUUCCUAUAGACUAUUUAUUUUUUUAAACGUGGAAUAUGAGGGUAAUCAAUUACACAAAAAAAAACAGGUAAUAAUAAUUAAAUUGAUAAUUUAAAACACCUAUCUACGUAAUCUAUGCUAAGUUAAGGAAUUACAUUUUUCGUAGUCUUAUUCUAGUCUCUUGAUAAAAGUUACCAAAUGAAAAUUACGUAUAUACAUACAUACUACAAUUAAAUAAACAAGAUAUAUACAUACUAUAAUUAAAUAAACCACAAUAUUAUAUUUUAUAUUUUCAGAGUCUUAGAUAAUAAAAAAUAACCAAUAAUGCAUACAUACGUCAUAACGCACACAUAUGAACUUGUUAUAGCACAAUUGUUUACAGUUUAAUAUGAUCAUUUUCCAUUGGUUAAAGACAUAUCUAACCGAUUUCCUAUAAAACAGAGGUGGGUAAUAUUUUGUUUAAGAGAGUUACUAUUAUUAUUUAUUAGUCGAUUUUAGUGUCAUUAUUAUUCCGUAACUUUACUUUUAUUAAUAAGGGGGUACAAAUUAUGAGCUAUGUACACGCCAAAGUACAAAACUUAGAUAUCGCUAGGUUAUUCUAAUAGUACAGACGCGUCCCUAAGUUCACCUUACGUGACGCGGGCAGGACCGCGUUGUGAUAGUUGUUUAAUGAUUUCAUACUAUUAUAUAAUUAUGCUUUUGUAAAUAGGUAUAUUAAUAUUUUAUUUUUAAAAUAACGCUGCAAUGCUUUGAUAAUGGCAUAAGACAAAUAUUGGGUGAAGGUUUACGUCGACUGAACUAAACUUGUGAUGUGUUAUUCUACAUCAUAAUGAAACUAUGGAGGGUAGAGGUAAGGAGAGUCAUCUUAUAUGGGAGAAAAGUUGAAAAAGUGUCCAGUUGUUGCGCUAAAUAACAGUUCAAAAAUCCUCCACAAUGGCGCUGGUGGAUGC